AUGGAAGAUUAUGCUGAGCAGGCUGCACUUUCAGGCAUUGGCAAUCAGAAACAGCUUGCGGGUCUCCGGGGCCUCAAUGAAUCUCGAUACAAGAAGCUGAUCCAAGCCUACAAAGUUGGCCAAGCCGCGACACCUCAGCAGGUACAACCAUACGCCGGGCCUCACGCUCCACAGCAGCAGCCCAUGGCCUCUGGGCAUCAACCACACUGGCAGCAUCGACACAACGCCAAUUGGCUCAACUUCCGAACCCAGCUCAGUCGCCUCCAGCCCAACAAGCUUUUGAACCCUGGCAGGCACAAAGGCAGUUGGAGGGACAGGGUCAACGCGGGCUUGGAGCGCCCCAACACCAUAAUGUCACUCAAGGUCAACCGAACCGCUUUCAUCAGGUCCAAAACGCGCCACUCCAAGCGCAUCCGCCCCAAAACUGCGCCCAUCACAGUCCGCAUCAGCAAGCCCAUCCAGCUCACGCUCAACGCAGGCACCAGCCGCACCAUCAGGUGGCUCACGCCCGGCUGGACCAUAUCUUACCGUCGCAAUCCCAGCCUCAGGUUCAAAGAGCCCAGCAGAUAUGGCAGCAACCGAACGUGCCUCUUCCGCGACGGCAUGCUGUUCCUGGUCCUGCAAUGA